CCGCAGGACAACAUUUCCACUGCAACCCGCACAACUGCUAGAAGUGUACAACGAUGAACAAGUUCGCGACCGUUCUGGUGCUGGCCAGCAUCUGCCUGGCGGGCGUUUCGGCCCAGUGCCCGCGCAUCGUGACCCGCGCCCAGUGGGGAGCCCGUGCCGCCAACACCGCCCAGCUGCCGAUCCGUCCGGCCCCGUGGGUCGUGAUGCACCAUACGGCCGGUGCGGCCUGCACGACCGAUGCGGCCUGCGCCCAGCAGAUGCGCAACAUCCAGUCCUUCCACAUGGACGGCAACGGCUGGGCUGACAUUGGCUACAACUUCCUGAUCGGUGAGAACGGUGCGGCGUACGAGGGACGCGGCUGGGGCCGCCAGGGCGCUCACGCUCCCGGCUACAACGAUCGUUCGGUCGGCAUGGGCGUGAUUGGCACGUUCACCAACGGCAUCCCGAAUGCGGCCGCCCGCAACGCUGCCCAGCAGCUGAUCACCUGCGGUGUGUCGCUCGGCCACAUUGCCUCGAACUACUGGCUGAUCGGACAUCGUCAGGCCGUUGCCACUGCCUGCCCCGGAAAUGCCUUCUUCAACGAGAUCCGAAACUGGCCGCGCUUCAACCCGAACGUGUAAAAGUUGUAUUUAUGGAAGACUGUUUUGGUUGUUCAAUAUAGAAUGGAAUAAGUGCA